AUGGCGCGAGGGAGGAGACCAGGAACGGAGAGGAGCCCAUCAAUGGAGGAGGUCUGCUCAGGGGAAGUGCGCGUGGCGGGGAGGAACGCGUCGCCGAAGGAGGAGAUCGUCGCAGGGGAUCCUCUUUCUCCUUUUCUUUUUGUUCUUGUUGUUGAGGUCCUUCAUAGGAUAAUAGGAGAGGCAGUAAGACAUGGAAGGAUCUCUCUUUUGUUGGUUGGAAAAGACAAUAUUGAGUUGUCUCACUUGCAAUUUACGGAUGACAGAAUACUUUUUUGUCCUCCGGAGGAGGAGACUAUUUGCAAUUAUAAGCGGCUUCUACGGUGUUUUGAGAUGAUGACAGGCUUGAGCAUUAACUUUGAUAAAUUUAGCUUGAUUCCGGUUAAUUGCGAGCGAGAAUGGUCACAAAGGAUGUGUAUCUUGUUGGGGUGUAAGGAAGCAACGUUGCCAGUCAAAUAUCUUGAUAUUUCUUCGGGAGCGAAUCCGAAAUUGGUCAAGACAUGGAAACCUAUUAUAGACAAAGUAGAAGAGAACUUAAUCUGUGGAAAGCCAAAACGAUUAAUAAAGCUGAUGCCCAGAGCAGUAGCAGAUAAGUUGAUAUCUUUGCAAAGGAGGUUCUUGUGGAGUAAUGAGGACGGAAGGGAUGGGGUACCUUUGGUAAGGUGGGAUAUUGUGCAAGCUCCAAAACGCUUCGAGGGUUUGGGCGUGGGCGAUUCAGUGCUCCGGAAUACAGCAUUGUUGUUCAAGUGGUGGUGGUGGUUUUUAAAGAAGGAUUGCCCAUUAUGGAAGAAAAUUGUGUGCUCCUGCAAUGACUUGAAGCCAAAUGUCCUUCUUUCUUGUCAGCUGAUUCCUAAUACAAAGGGUCCGUGGAGGGACAUUUGUCAAUUGCAGAUAAGAGAACAGCAAGCGAGAGAUAAGAUGGUCAGAGGAUUAUCAUUAGAGUUAGAAGAUGGUAGAAGAAUUCAUUUCUGGGAAGAUAAGUGGCUACCAUGUGGUGUGUUGCAGGAUGUAUUUCCAAGGCUUUUCUCGGUUUCAAAUCAAGUCAGAUCUAUUAUAGGGGACUGUGGGUUCUGGGAUGGGCUGGAGUGGAUAUGGAACUUUCAUUGGAGAAUGGCUGAGACUCUCCCGGAGGUCAUUACGAGUUAUAGUUUCACUAGAUCUAUAUGGAGAGGACUAGUACCACCAAUAGUUGAGCUAUUCACCUGGUGUGGUGUGUUUGGAUAUACGCUUAUAAUAAAUGUUGGUCUAUUACAGGAACCAUUAAGCAACACUUUGAGAGUUGGACAGGAGCUCCUGUGGCACCCCCCUUUUUCAUCUUCCCACCAAGGCAAGUGCUCGACUGCUCGGGAAGCCUGCAACCAGUGCGAUCAAGGUCAGGGUCUCCGCGCUCCUUCACCCGUGAAUCCCACCUGUCCGGAUCCCGACAACCGAACAUUGGCGCCGUCUGUGGGGAUUCCUGCCUAA